GUCGCGGGCGCGAAGUUCGGUUUCGGCAUAGAGGGCGGGUCUGUGAAGGCCCAGAUCGUGCGGCUUCACGGGGGGCCCAGCGGGGCCGAGUGGCCUGAUGCCCUUGUCGCGCGCAUGCCGUGCAUGCGCGUGGAGCUGCCGGACUUGUGGCUGCACUUCCGCGUCAAGGUGCGCGUCGCCUACAAGUUUGCGAAGGCGCUGCAGGGGGCGCGCGAGCCGGGCGGCUGGCACCUCGCGGCGAUC